CAGAAGUGACGUCAAUGACGUUUUUGUUGACAUUUGUUUGUGAAAGACAAAAACAGUGGACACACACAGAGGAUGGGGAUAUUUUUGGAAACCAGCGGACGGACCUCGAGACAGACGUGAAGACCAAACGUACCGUGAUUAAAAGUCAACGUUAGCUCGGGUUUAGGACCGGACUCUCGGGACAAACACGACAGAGGAUCUAGAUCAGCAGAUGGACCGACAAAGUCGGGAACAAAACAAACCGUGUCACCCGGACUACACUAGAGGCUGAAUCAUCCACAGGCUAACCCAGCCACCACAACACUUGAGUCCGGUUGUAACAUUACAGGAAGGUAACUAACAUUCAUGAGUUAAUCUGCGGAAGAUUGGCGCACUUGAUUCUCAACGGCUGUACCGAGUAUAUAACACGUUACCAUGGUAGUGUAGUGUUACACAAGCGCUCGUCCGUUAGACUAGCGAGUUAGCAGGCUAGCGUUAGCCGUUGCUAACGUUACCCUUUAUUUGAACCGCUGCUGAGAUUGCUAGCUUACAGAAUGUACUGAGGUUGAGAGACUGCAUUGGGGUUUUUUUCUUUUUCACACGGUGUUCACUACAAGUAGCUCGUUAGUUGGGAGCGACCUCGAGAAUGUGAAGCACAAUGGCCAACUUUGAAGCUUACCAGGAGUAUCAGAGGAUUGAGGACUUUGAGGAGGACUCACCGCCAGGGGAGGAGGAUUUACUGGUGCAUGUGCCCGAAGGCCUGAAAGACUCAUGGCACCAUAUCAAGAACCUGGAUAACUUCUUCACAAGGAUAUAUCAUUUUCACCAGAAGAAUGGCUUUGCUUGUAUGAUGUUAACAGAGUUCUUUGAACUUGUCCAGCUUUUAUUUGUUGUAACAUUCACGACGUUCCUUGUCAACUGUGUGGAGUAUGAUGUCCUGUUUGCCAAUCGAGCGGUCAACCAUACCGAACCGGGUCACAACCCCUUGGAUAGGAGCAAGGUCACUCUUCCAGAUGCCAUCCUACCUAGCCAGCAGUGCACUCAGAGAAUUCAAGAGAACAGCUGGAUUAUAUUCCUUCUCAUCAUGGCAGCCAUCUUCUGGAUCUAUCGACUUGUUAAAGUCUUUUGCAAUGUCCUGAGCUACUGGGAGAUCAGGCAGUUCUACAUCAAGGCACUGAAGAUCAGAAUGGAUGAACUAUGCAACUUCACAUGGCAGGAAGUCCAGGACCGGCUCAUCAGCCUGCAACGAGAACAGCAAAUGUGCAUACAUAAGAAAGAGCUGACAGAACUUGACAUCUAUCACCGCAUCCUGCGAUUCAAGAACUACAUGGUGGCUAUGAUAAACAAAUCACUACUGCCAGUGCAGCUGCAGCUCCCCCUGUUGGGCAAUGUGGUGUUCCUCACCCAGGGCCUCAAGUACAACUUUGAGCUCAUCCUCUUCUGGGGUCCUGGCUCUUUGUUUCAGAAUAAGUGGAACCUGCACCCCAAGUACAAGCGGAAUGGAAACCGCCUCGAGCUGGCACAGCAGCUUAGUAGGGUCAUCCUGCUGAUGGGUUUGGCCAACUUGCUGCUAUGUCCCUUUAUCCUGGUGUGGCAGGUGCUGUACGCUUUUUUCAGCUAUACCGAAGUGAUCCGCAGGGAACCUGGAAGCCUGGGUGCUCGACGCUGGUCACUAUAUGGUCGUUUAUACCUGCGACACUUUAAUGAGCUGGACCAUGAGCUGCACGGACGUUUAGGCCGUGGCUACAAACCCACUUCCAAAUACAUGAACUCCUUUACAUCACCACUGCUGACUGUGCUGGCUCAGAACAUUGCCUUCUUCUCAGGCUCGGUGUUGGCUGUGCUCAUUGCACUGACGGUCUACGACGAGGAUGUUCUGACAGUGCAGCACAUUCUGACCGCUAUCACUGUGCUGGGGGUGGUUAUUACUAUCACCAGGUCCUUCAUCCCAGAUGAGCAUAUGGUGUGGUGUCCAGAACAGCUGCUGCAGUGCAUGCUGGCACACAUUCACUACAUGCCAGACCACUGGAGGGGCAAUGCUAACAAGAGCGAGACCCGUGACGAGGUGGCGCAGCUGUUCCAGUACAAAGCGGUGUUCAUCUUGGAGGAGUUGCUGAGUCCUAUUGUCACACCCUUCAUCCUCAUCUUCCUUUUGAGAAAUAAGUCUCUAGAGAUCAUUGACUUCUUCAGGAACUUCACUGUGGAGGUGGUUGGAGUCGGAGACAUCUGUUCCUUUGCGCAGAUGGACAUCAGACGCCACGGAAACCCAACAUGGAUGUCAGAGGGCCAGACAGAGGCUUCAAUAUACCAACAAGCUGAGAACGGCAAGACAGAGUUGUCUCUCAUGCAUUUCACAAUUAAGAACCCACGCUGGCAGCCGCCUCAGGAGAGCUCAGUGUUUAUCAGCCAUCUGAAGGAAAAGGUGCAGCACGAUGCACAGGGCGGCCCCUCCACCCAGCUGCUGCUCUCUGAGGCUCCUCUCUGCACCUCGCUGCAAUCUAACGACUCUGCCACUGGGCCUGAUAAUCUGUUGGCCAGUGUCCUCGCCCACCCCAUUCUAACUGCCUCUGGGUUACAAGGGCGAGACCAUCGCUUCAUCCUACCAAGCACUGCUGCCUCUGCUGCUGCCAGUGUCCUGGCCUCUCUGUCCACCUCCCAGCUCGCACAUCCCAGCCGCGGCCGCUCACAUGGCCUCCUGCCAUCAUCCGUCCACCCCGAGAGCACCAUGUACCGCAGCGAUCGCACCAUCAUUGACAGUAUGACUAACAGUGACUCCCACAUCCGGAGCAAUGCUCUGCACUCAGAGUUUGCGUCAGCGGAGAUGAGUCUUCAUGCCAUCUACCUGCAUGAGCUCCACCAGCAGAGCUCCCACCCACAGAGAACUUCAGGGCAGUGGCAAAGCUCAGUACCAAUGAGAGAUCUGCACACAAGCACUGGUUUCCAGGCUCAUAGUGGGCUCGGUUCCAGCAUUUCCAUGCCCACCCCUGUCCACCUUGGUCGCUGGCAAGAGGAGGAGGAAGAGGAGAAUGAAGAUGAUCAAGAGAUUAACAAUGGAUCUACUCCAAAACAGGGCACUGGGAGUAGUUGUUGAAGUGCCUUAUGUCAUAAGUGUUUACAUUUUACUUUCUUCUAUGAACAUUGUGGCCUUAGAUGAUCUUCAUGGAGAAUUUAGCAUGGAUCUUUAAAGCAUCAUUCAGCGUUUGUUGUAGGAGGGGGCUCAUUGAAUAACCACUGUCUCUGCACCUCCACGCCUCAUCCUGUCACAUCAGGCAGACUAUGGCAUCAGGGAAACCAUAUGUCUUCCGUCCGUUUCAUCCUGAUUUUCGUCAUAAAUGUGUACAGACAAACUACGUAUAAAGUGACAGAAAGACAAUAUUGUGUAUUCAUAGGAUCACUGUGUGAUGGUGGGUGUGGCCAAUUUUUAUUGUGGAAUGCAAAAAGGAUCCUCGGGACUUCUGCUCAGCCUGCGUGUGUGUGCAAUUCAAGUAUUUGUGCAUCACAGAGUUAUACAGCGGGAGUCUAAUUGAAGCUUCUCACAGAGGUGGUGUCCUGAUCUGUGCUACAAAGGUUGCAAACUGUACUGUAGCUGCCUGAACAGUUUUCACCUGAAAGAAAUGUAUUCAAUAUUUCAAGUUGUGCUGUUUGACCCUGGUGAUUUGUAAAUACUCUUUUGCGUCUUACUUAUCCUUUUAAAAGUCCACAUUUUUACUACCAGAUCUAAUCCUCAAAAAAAAGAUACCAAGUAUUGCUAUGAUAAAGAGCUGACGGUACGGUAGCUGUACUACUAAAACACCAUGCGUACCAGGAAAAAGCCCCAUUGGCUUUGACAAAACCUGUCUUUAAACCAUAAAUAUGUACACAUGCGUUGAUGCUGCUGUCUGUUUUUAGUGGUUCUAAAUACAGAUUUUAUUCAGUAUUAAUAUUUCCACAGCUGAUGUAUCAAGAUAUUACUAUUCCUCAACAACAGAACUGAAAUCAUGGGACCCAAAUACACUCGUCGUCAAAAUCUGAUGCAGAUAUAAGAUGUCUUUUUAAGUCUAUUUAAGCUGGACACAGAGCCAGCUUUAUGCCUUAACACCAAUAUAAAAAAAACAUAUUUAAAUCCUGGUUUUCCAUAUUACCUCAGUGGUGGUGAAGUAUAACCAAUACUCCAAUCAAUACCUCUGCAGUGUAUUUACUCAGUGUAUUUGUGUAAAUAUAUAAACAGUACAUAAAGGUUUAUUCACCGUGUACAGGUGCAUCUUUUUAACUGCAUUUUGAUUUUAAUGGCAGGUGUAAAUGGAAUCUGUUUCUUUUUCUGUUCUCACUUUGCUGUCCAGCAGAAGUUAUGAGUCAAGUGUUGAUGUCCCAGAAAGGGUGCGGAGGAAUAAUUUAUUUUAGAACAAAACAGGGUGUUAUUGAUUUUACAAUCCUCUGUUGUGCACAUUAGUAUGUAGUUUGUAUCCUUUUUCCAAAAUGCUCACAUAAAAAAAAAAGGAACUUCUUCAUAAGGGCUUAUUUCAGAACGUGCGAUGUUGCUUCUGCAGCUUUUGGUUUGAAGAUUUUAGGACUUAGCACUUCCUCUCAGUGUUGGGUUUAUACUUUCAAAGUAAGAGCAUGAGGAGAGAAAAAAAAACCUUUUCACAGUCAGCAUUAGUUCUAGCUUUAGUUUUAUUUAUUUCCUGUUUCCCCUCCAGAUAUUUAAUUGAUAUGUGUGUAUUAUUUAUUUGAAAAAAGAAAUAUUUAGAUUGUUUUGUCAGAUCAUUUACUUUCAUAAAAGCGUAUACUCUUGUUGAUGAAAGAAAUGGCAUGUACCUCCCACUGACAGUAGUUUAAAAAAAAAAAAACAAGAUUUGAAAUUCUGAUUAAAAGGAUUUAUUAAUGCAAAGAUAACAUGGCCAGCAGCAUGAUGUUGAAUGUUACACUUAAAAAAAUAAACUCAGACUACAUCUGCUUGUUUAUGCAGUGCGCAAAAUAUCUUUCUAUCUUUUUUUUGCAUUCUUUACAGAUCACAGUAAUAUAGAUCUCAUCCUCCACGACUGCAAGACUUCAGAGGGUACAAAUGUGUCUUUGCCCUUACGUGUGUUUAGAAACUAGUACACUUCCUCGGUGAGUGCGACUGUGGAAGCAAUGCGUUUUGACACCUGCGUAAUUAUGCUAACAUGAACUCAGAAUUUUUGCACUGACAAAAAAAAUAAACGUUUUAUUUUUUAUUUUUAAGCGUGUGCAUAGAUACAGUACUGGCAACAUUUUUGGAAAGGGCGGGUCUCAAAAGGGACACAGAGUCAGUCUCCAUCCUGAGUGACCUCAUUGUUUGUAUAUAAGCAAAGCAUCAGCACGUAUUGUAUAGUCACUGUCCACAGCAGACCACCUGGAAACACUGUGGCCAAAUCACAUACGGUCGUUCUUACCUCAGUACAGGUUCGGCCUGUAGGGGAUGAUGUGUGUUUCUGUCACUUUGUUAAAUAUGCCUACAUGGGUGUUGUGGUCACUGUCCGUUUGUGCAGUGAGUUUAUUAUUGUAGAGACACUGGAGCUCAGCUUUGUGCACAGAGUUGAUUUCUUUCAACAGGUCUCUUCAUUUUUACCUCACUGUUAUGUUUGUCAUAUUAUUUUAAGCAGUGCCUUAGUAUUAAGGUUUAGUGUUUGCUCUUUAUAGAAGCCAUUUCAUGUCAACUAUUGAAAAUACUUUAACAGAUUUAGCAGAACGAACUAUGUACAGUAUUUUAUUUGGCAAGUCAUUGUGUAUAGCAUCAAGUAUGUGGUGAAGUUGUGGAUGUGGCUUGUAAGACGAGUUGCAUGUUGACAUUGAGAUCUCAUGUCAGUCUGUUGCGUCUGAAAGCACACUUCUUCUUGUCAUGGUGGCUGAAAUUGCACUGUCCUCAAUAUCCUAAAGAAGCAGGAGUAUGCCUUGUAAUUGGCAAUGUCAUCAUCGAACUAUGGUUUCUUAUCCACUAUACACCAGUCUAAGAAUCACAGUGACUGGAACAAGGUGCUAAGUUUUCAUCCUGAAAUGUUGAAUAUGUUUUAAGACAUGUUUUUUUUUUUUUUUGUUACAUAGGUUUGUCUGUUUUUUUUGUUUUUGUUCACUAGCUGAAAAAUGAAACAUGCCAAAAGAACUUGUUUUCGGCACAGCUUUACAAUACAUGUGUUGUUUUCUGAGUGAGUAGAGAGGCAAAUAAAUCUUAUUUUGAGUGUAUUUAAUCAUUUCAUGUGUGGUUGAUUAUGUGAUGUUUAUUUGAAAUAAAAAUAUAUUUUAAUUUUCA